AUGGCCAUCGGUAAGCUCAUCUUGGGCAUCCUGGCUGAUUUUAAGUGGAUGAAUGCCUUAUAUCUUUAUGUCUUUACUAUAGUGGCAACAGGCUUGGCAAUAUUUGCAGUCCCUUUCGCCAAGACAUAUGCCACCCUGGCUAUUAUUGCUGGGACAGUAGGAUUUUUUACUGGCAAUUGGUCAAUAUUUCCAUACGUAACAACAAACACUGUUGGCCUAGAUAAACUCACUCACGCCUAUGGGAUACUGAUGUUCUUUGCUGGUGUCGGGAAUUGCCUUGGACCACCUGUAGUUGGUUGGUUCUUUGACUGGACGGGAACGUAUGAUAUUGCCUUUUACUUUUGCGGCAUUUGUGUUCUUAUGGGAGGCCUUGCCUUGUUCCUUGUGGCACUACCAUUUUGGAAGAACUGUGGAUCAAAUAAGUCAGAGCCGUUUUCAAAGAGUUACUCUUAUAAAGUUGCUGCAAGUGUCUGA